AUUUUUUUUUUUGCAUUUGAUUACUUUAUAUAAUUUCUUUGAGUGUAACUUCCUUGUGCAUUUACUUAUCUGUCCCCAAAUGCAUUUUGGCAAAAUUUUCGAUUACAUUCUUUGUGUUUACCUUAAAAUUUUAAUCAUGAUAUCAAUUAAAUACCGGCAUUACACCAGCUUGAAUAUUCAGUAACGCUGCGGGUUUCGGCGACUUCAGUGCUCCACCGGCCUUGCAUUAAUUGUUCACUUGAAUUUUCGGCAAUUCCAUAUUCACCGGCACGAAAAAAGAAAUAAAUAAAAGCAAUAAGUAAAUAAAAAAGCGUCAAUAAAAGUAAGUAUCAAAACAAAAUGUGGAAGAUGCUAUAUGCAGUUAAAAAAACCGGUCCUGGGCUCGCUCGACUUCCACAGCUGAGCUGUGCCGCACAUAAAGCACACCAGCGGCGUACCGGCUAUUCGAGUGCGACCGAACAGCAACUUAAAGAACUCAUCGAUGAAAAUGUACCCGAACGCACGGAUCCCGAGUGGUUGAAUGCCAAAGAGUAUAGCAUGAUUCCCGGCCCUUCUAAGUACGGGGUUGUCCUCGAUUUUCUGCCUGGUGGUGAAUUCCAUAAUGUGAACUAUAUCGAUAUGCAUAAAAUGCUGCACAAGCGUUAUGGUGACAUAUUUCUAUUGAAGGGUAUGUUUAAUCGUCCCGAUACGUUAUUCACAUAUAAUGCGGAUGAUUUUGAAGUGGUUUAUCGCAAUGAGGGUAUCUGGCCAAUACGUGUGUCUUUAAUGAGUUUCGAUUAUUAUCGAAAAGUAAAACGUGUUGACUUCUUUAAGGGCCACAGUGGACUUGUGACUGAACAUGGACGCAGUUGGGGUGACAUGCGUAAUAAAGUGAACCCAGUUAUGAUGAAAUCGGCCAGUAUACGCGAGGAUCUGCCGGAAAUAGAUAAAAUAACCUUGAGAUUUGUAGAAAGGCUUGAAAUACUGCGCGAUCCAAUCACAGGUCUCUUAAAAAACGAUUUUCAUAUUGAGCUUAAGAAAUGGGCGUUCGAGUCGGUCACUUAUAUUGCGCUGAACAAACGCCUAAAUAUGUCCAGUGAAAAUGCUAAUAAAGAAGCAGCGAUGUUGGCGCAAAAUUUAGCUGAUUGUUUUAAUCUCAGUUUUCUCUACGAUAUGAGACCCUCCGUGUGGAAGUACUUCGAAACACCGGGUUUCAAGAAAUUAAUGCGCUCCUACAAUAGCAUCACGGAAAUCACUUAUAAGUAUGUGCUGGAAGCAAUGCACCGCUUUGAAAGUGAAGGCAAAACUGAAGCAAAGAGCGUGCUGGAGAAACUCUUGCUUAUCGAUACACAUUAUGCAAUAUUGAUGAGCAUCGAUUCGUUGACCUCUGGCAUGGACACGACCGCCUCCACCUUUAUUACAACGUUGUAUCACAUUGCGCGAAAUCCGGAGAAGCAGCGUGCCUUACGUCGUGAGUUAAUGCAAAUUAUGCCUGAUCCAUAUACACCGUUGACCGUUGAGAACACCAAACGCAUGCCUUAUUUACGUGCUUGCAUCAAAGAAGCGCAGCGCAUAACACCCAUAGCGCCGGGUAAUCUGCGCACGCUGCCGAAAGAUGUUGUGCUCUCCGGUUAUCGUAUACCGCGCGGCACCGCGGUGCACUUGGGCAAUAUGGCUCUCUGCAAUAGUGAGCAAUAUUAUCCGCGUUAUAAGGAAUUUAUACCGGAACGUUGGCUAAAAUCGGGGGAAAGUGCUUGUCCGGAAUUGCGCAGCAGUAAUCCAUUCAUUUAUGCGCCCUUCGGCUUCGGUCCACGCACUUGUGUGGGCAAACGUAUAGCUGAAAUGGAGAUGGAAACCCUGUUGGCGCGUCUUGUGCGCUUGUAUAAGAUAAGCUGGGCUUCACCGAAGGAAAUGGAGUAUAUAAGCAAUCUCAUUUUGGCACCAAAGGCGCCGGUGAAAUUCAGAUUUAUGCCGCUCGAAGAGGAGGACUGUGCUAUUGGCAGUUUCUCUGUAUCUCAAACAAUGUUUCGCGUUCGAUUUCAACCCUUCUGUCGCUACAUGCAACAGCCGCUUAACGCUAUACAACAACUGCGUCUGGCGCCCGUCACGUAUUUGCGGCCAUUGACUACACGCAAUGCAGCGUUGGAGCAGCAGCAUCAACUGACAGAAAAAACAGCUGAAGAAGAAUGGGCGAAUGCAAAGGAAUACAAAGAAAUACCUGGACCGUCUAGUAUUGGACUAAUGAUGGACUUCAUGCCAGGCGGUAAAUUGUAUGGAGCAAAUUUUUUGAAGAUGUAUAACACACUACGCGAACGUCAUGGUGACAUUUUUGUCAUAAGCGGUUCGUUUGGACGUUCCGAUCUGAUUUGCACUUACAACCCAAUCGAUUUUGAAAAAGUGUUUAGAACGGAAGGUGUUUGGCCAAUACGCAAGGGUAUUGAGAGCAUCAGAUAUUAUAGAGAGGUACAAAAUCCAGAUGCUUACGGUGGUGUAUGGGGUUUAGUGGGGGAGCAGGGUGAGCGCUGGUUCAAUAUACGUCAGAAGGUUAAUCCCAUAAUGAUGAAAGUUCAAAACAUGCGUGAGGUAUUACCGGAAAUUGAUAUCAUUUCAAUGGAAUUGGUGGAUAAAAUCGCCAACAUACGUGAUACUGAGACCGGCCAGCUCACUACAGACUUUCUCAAGGAGCUGCGCAUGUGGUCAUUUGAGUCCAUCUGCUAUGUAGCGCUUAACUCGCGUCUACAUCUCAUCACCGGCAAGGCUGAUGCGGACGCAUUGCGCAUGUCUGACGCCAUGUCGGAGUUUAUGCAAUACACUUACGAUCACGAUAUAGCGCCUUCAAUAUGGCGUUACUAUCAUACGCCCAGUUUUAAGCGUCUUAUGCGCUUACACGAUGAACUCACAGAGAUUACAAGGAAGUUUGUGGAUAAAGCGCUGCAACGUAUCGAAGCGGAAGGCAAUAAAGAGGCGAGGAAAUCUGUGUUUGAAAGACUCUUACGCCUCGAUAGAAAUAUAGCGGUGGUCAUGGCGAUCGAUAUGCUGUUUGGAGGCUUGGACACGACUUCCUCCACUGUGAUAACUGCGCUAUAUUUUCUGGCAAAAAAUCAGAAUAAACAAGACAUUUUGCGUCAGGAGCUCAGGAAACUACUUCCGGAACACAAGUCUCCGCUAAAUGCUCAAAAUUUUAACAAUUUACCCUAUCUACGUGCCUGCAUUAAAGAAUCGAUGCGCAUAAUGCCCAUCGUCUCGGGUACUAUGCGUCAAACUGGUCGCGAUCUGGUGCUCUCCGGCUAUAAGGUGCCCAAGGGUACCGCCGUGCAUAUGAGAAAUAUGGAACUUUGCAAUUCGGAGAUGUUCUUUCCUCGCUGCAAUGAAUAUUUACCGGAGCGUUGGUUAAAAACGCCCAAAAAUGUGUCGAACCCUGUUGAAGAGGUCAAAUCGCAGAAUCCCUUCGUUUAUUUGCCUUUUGGUUUUGGACCGCGCACAUGCCUUGGUAAACGUUUAGCCGAUUUGGAAAUGGAAGUGUUGUUGGCACGCUUGUUACGUAAAUAUAAAAUCUAUUGGACCGAUGAACAAAAUGACUUGCAAUAUAAGAGUAAUUUAAUUCUAACGCCUUGCGGUGAAAUGAAAUUCAAAUUUGAGGAGGUGGAGUAG